AUGACAAUUGACAAGUCUGUCUUGCAACAAGUUUACAAUUCCACUUGUACGACAAGAGAUUACAAGUACACAUAUGGAACCGCAGGGUUCCGUGACAAGGCCUCCAAGUUGGACACAGUCAUGUUCGCUACAGGUAUUAUCGCAUGUUGGAGAUCAAUGGUUCUUUGUGGCACCCCCGUGGGUGUCAUGGUUACCGCUUCUCAUAAUCCACCCUUGGAUAACGGUGUCAAAGUGGUGGAACCUACGGGUGCCAUGUUGAUCCAAGAAUGGGAACCCCUUACUACUAAAUUGGCUAAUAUCGCCGCAAAUGAAUCUUUCGAGAAAGUAUACGAUUUUAUAUUGGAAGUCUCGAAGGACCCAAAGUUUCCCUUCCAGGAAAACAAACCAAGUUUGAUCAUUGGCCAUGAUUCUAGAGAAUCUUCACCAAGAUUGACCAAAUUGUUAGUAAAUACUGCAGUGGAGAUUUAUAAUGCUGACAUUCAUAAUUAUGGACUGGUCACCACUCCUCAAUUGCAUUUCAUUACGAGUCUAUGGAAUGCUAAAUACAAUAAGAACACAAAUGAUGUCAUUUCAGUCGAUAAUUAUUAUAAUUAUUUUAAUGCCAGUUGGUCGAAAUUUCAAGAAUUGUACGAUUUUAACUCUUUUAAAUCAUUUGAAAACCUUAUUAUUGAUUCCGCAAAUGGUAUUGGGGGACCUAAAGUGACUGAUCUGAUUUCCACUUGGCCAUCAACUCUUCGUGGAAACGUUUCCAUCAUCAAUAAUAGUUGGGAAAAUCCAAAUUUAUUAAAUAAUGAUUGUGGUGCUGAUUAUGUCAAAACAAAUCAAAAAUUACCAAAGGGUAUCCAAAAUCCAAGUAAUUUAAAUUUACAUUGUUCCUUCGAUGGUGAUGCUGAUAGAAUUGUAUUUUAUUACAUUUCAGAAGUUGAUCAAAAAUUUCAUUUAUUAGAUGGUGACAAGAUUGCUACUCUAUUCGCUAAAUUUUUAUCAAACUUAUUGAAGGAAACUAAUUUAACUGAUAAAUUAAAAUUAGGUGUUGUUCAAACCGCUUAUGCUAAUGGAUCAUCCACAAAUUACCUAACUAACGUUCUAAAGGUUCCAGUAUCAUGCACAAAGACCGGUGUGAAGCAUCUUCAUCAUGAAGCAUCUACUAAAUAUGAUAUUGGUAUUUAUUUUGAAGCUAAUGGUCAUGGUACCGUCUUAUUUAGUGAAAGAUUUCAACAAGUUCUGCAAAAUGAACCAAAAACAACUGCCACACAAACUUUAUUAUUAUUUCAGAAAAUAAUUAACCAAACUGUUGGUGACGCCAUGGCUGACAUGUUGGGUGUCAUUACGGUUCUUUCUGUGUCAAAAAUUACACCAAGUCAAUGGGAUCAAGGCUACAAAGAUUUGCCCAACAAACUAGCUAAAGUUAUUGUGCCAGAUAGAUCUGUCUUUAUUACUACUAAUCAAGAAAGACAAUUGACUUCGCCAGUAGGUUUGCAAGAAAAGAUUGAUGUUGCAGUUAGUAAAGUCACUAAUGGAAGGUCGUUCGUUAGAGCAAGUGGGACUGAGGAUGCUGUUAGAGUGUAUGCUGAAGCUGCAACUCAAGAGGAAACAGAAAAAUUAUCCCAAGAAGUUUGUAAGUUCGUUUUAAGCAGUGUCUCCAAUUAG